AUGGCAAUGCUGACGGGUUGUCUCGUAUGCCGCUAUCAGAGACCAAAGAUGCUGGAACAGAUCUCCGCCUACGUCGACGCACUGAUAUGUGAACACCUAGAAGGCGUGCCGCUGACCGCAAAGCAGAUUGCCAAGGUAACGAGAACUGACACCGAGCUCUCAAGGCUGCACAGAUUCAUCAUGGAAGGGUGGCCAAAAGAAAUUCCUGAAGAACUGAAAGGAUACCACAAAAGGCAUGAUGAACUCUCUGUGGAGGAGGGGUGUGUGCUGUGGGGCACUAGAGUGGUUACACCCGCAAAGCUCAGAGCUGCCGUGCUUAAAGAAAUCCACAGCGGGCACCCUGGCAUUGUGAAGAUGAAGGCAAUUGCACGGCAAUACGUCUGGUGGCCACAUAUUGAUAUGGACAUUGAGAAAGUGUGCAAAGGAUGUGAAACAUGUCAGCUAGAGCAGAGAAUGCCGCGCCACGUGCCACUGCACCCUUGGGAAUUUCCAGGAGAUGUGUGGAAGAGACUUCACAUUGACUUUGCAGGGCCAUUCAUGGGCCACAUGUUCAUGAUUGUAGUUGACGCAUUCUCAAAAUGGCUGGAGGUUUACAAAAUGACACAACAGAUUGUCACAGACAAUGCAACAACCUUUAUGUCUGAUGAGUUCCAACAGUUCGCGAGGAGAAAUGGAAUCCUCCACACGACCGGUGCCCCGAGGCACCCAGCCACGAACGGCCUAGCCGAGAGAUAUGUCUCAACGUUCAAGGCUGGCAUGAAAAAGCUGGCGAGAGAAGAUUUGAGCAUUGAAGACAAAGUCUCUCACUUCCUGCUACGGUAUCGCACAACUCCCAACGGCACAACAGGCGAGUCGCCUGCUGAUGUGUUCUUCAAAAGACAUGUCAGAACCAGACUGGACUUUCUGAAACCAAACAUUCAAGAAACGGUGAGGAGGAAGCAGUAUCUGCAGAAAGACGGACAUGACAGAAAAGCGUUGGACAGGCAGUUCGACGUUGACGAGCAAGUCUACCUGCGAAACACUGCUGGCGAAACACCAAGAUGGAUGCCAGGAAUCAUCACCCAGCAGUCAGGGCCUGUGUCCUACAAGGUCCGCGGAGAAGCGACGGAUCAAGAAUACCGGCGCCACGGAGACCAGCUGAGACCUCGCCAUGCUGCGGGGCUUCCAGAUCUGCAAUCUGAGGAAGUUGCUGAGGAGACCGGGCCGAUGGAGAGCAGUUUCAGAGCAUCCCCAGCACCUGAACUGUCAGACCUAGCUGAGCCGCCUGAUCCUGUUGCGGUGACCCUAAGGCGCUCCCAGCGUACCCCAAAAGUGCCUCAACGUUACCAAGACUGA